AUGUACCAGGCAGCUGUCUCCAAGCGAGCGGACAACACCAUCCCCAGCGGGGUCAUGGAGGAAUCGGAGGUCUGCUCCCUGCCAGUGGGAAUCGCCAGUGUGAGGAAACAAUUUGAGACCCAGGAAACGGCAACAUCACACAAUGUAACCCAGUUCCAUUUCCAUCACCGAAGUGUGCAGGAGAUGUCAAACUCGGAGGUGACGGUGUCGAGCGGCAUCAGGCAGGUCGGCCCGGGGAGCCAGCAGCUCAACUUCAACCAGGAGACGAUGGUGUCGUACAGCGACAGUAACCUGGCAUCCAGUUAUGAAAACCAUCAAGAUGAAACAGAAGAGGACUUUCCCAGGUACACUACAAAAGAACUGAGGGAUCGCUUUGAAAGAACAAUAGAAGAAGCUGCUCCUCCCAAACCAGUCAAAAUUGGACGUGACAUCAAUCGUGCUAAGUGGUCCUCAAAUGUGACACAUAACAACGCCUUGACUUGUGAGGUCUACGAGGCGUCUGCUGCUGGAGCGAGAGAAGAAACAACAGCUGCAGUGAUGGAUUAUGAAGACUUCCCGCCCCCACCGGCUGAGGAUUCUGACUAUCUUCCACCCCCACCUCCCGACUUACUACAAAUGCCAUUAGACGAUGAUAAUAUUCCAGAGGGCCAUUACUCACCAGAGCCUCCAGAGCCAGCAAACCCCAAAUACCAACUAAACAGAGAGGCUUACUUCAAGCAGAAGGGCAUGUCAGAGCUGAAACGCCUUUACAAACACAUUCAUCCUGAGGUUCGCAGGAAUAUUGAGAAAGAGUGCCUGAGCAACAACAAUGAAACAGAGAUCCACCAGUCAGAGAGAGAAGAGUACAUGUACGAGGACGACCGUGUUAGUCCAAAUGAAAUGAACGAUGAAGAAUACGCGGAGUGGGAGGAGAUUCUUCCGGGCGAGGUGCAGAACAUGCGUUGGAUGUUUGAAAAUAAGCCGCUGGACACCAUCAAAGAUGAAACUCUCGAUGAGGAGGAGGAGGAGGAUGACGACAAGAAAAUAACUCAACAGGAAAUGAUUCUCGGCAAAGAUGUGAGACGCACAGCCUGGAUGUUUGAGACGAAGCAGAUAGACGAGCUGGGUUCACAAAACCCCAACUCCACAGAAUAUCGAAAUAAAUCCAACAAAUUUGACAAAGGGGACGUGCGUGCUGCGGCGUGGCUGUUUGAAACCCAGUCUAUGGACACUCUGAACAAGAUGCGUACAGAGGAGGAUUUAACUAAAGAGGUCGCGUUCACUGAAGAGGAUGGAAAUGCCACCAUUUACAUGAUUGACAAUAAGUACAUGGAAAGCCUCGGGCACACCGAGACCAUUGACGAGAGCCACCUGCUGAGUCUGAGGGCAGUGUUGGAGGAAAUAAACGGAGAGGUGAAAACCAUAACAAGCACUUUUGACACUCAGUUUAAAUGCAUCAUUAUGGGCCAAUCGAGCCAGAUGCUGGAGAUUAAGUCCGUGCGCAAGAUUGAAACCGAAUUGGAAAACUCCAUUGCAUCACGCUGGCUUUUCGACACCCAACCCCUGGACAUGACAAACAGAGAGCCUACACCUCUGAAACUCGUAUGCAGUCUUUCCAUGGAGGACAGCAGUAAGGGAGACUGGGGCAGGUGGCUGUUCGAGAUCAAGACGCUGAAUUCCUUAAACGAGUGGGAAAGCUCUCAGAUGGAGAAGGAAGAGCUCAUUGGAACCGAUGUGCGCAAACACUGCCUGGUGUUUGAAACUCAGCCAAUGGAUUCUCUGAAGGACGACUCCAACGCCAGACCUCAGGGUGUGGAAGAAAUCAUCGGAGGCAAUGUGAGAUCUGCGAGGAACUUUUUUGAAACCAGCCCUCAAGUAGCCAGGAGGAAUUGCACAGAUGUGGGAAAACUUAAAAAGGCAACAGUAAGUGAAGAAAUGAAAGGGGAUGUGAGACACCAAAAGUGGCGCUUUGAGAGUCAAGCUCUGGAGCACAUAAGAGAUGAAAAGAAGGAGGUUACACAAACCGUUAAUAUUCAGGAAGACCUCACACAGGAGGAUGGCACUAGCUGCAGGGCGGAUGUUCGUAAGAAUUGCUGGGCAUUUGAGACGCAGUCAAUGGAUACUUUGAAAGAUGAUUCAAAUACUCAGUCUAUGACAAAAGAGGAGAUUAUCGCAGGUAACGUGAGAUCAGCCAGGCAUUAUUUUGAAACGAAUCCAGAUGAGGAGUUGAAAGAGCUUGCAGAGGUGGGCAAACUUAAAAAAGCAGCGGCACUUGAUGAGGAAAAAGGUGACGUGAGACAUCAGAAAUGGAGAUUCGAGAGUCAACCCCUGGAACAGAUUAGAGAGGAAAAGAAGGAAGUCGUUCGAACAAUCGACAUGGAGGAAAUUGAUAAAGUGGACGUCUUGAACUACAGGCAAAUCUUCGAGAGCACAGAUUCAACCUGGAGAGAUGAAUCACAUAAGAUCCUCAUAGAGGGUGCGCAGUCUGGGUCUGUGAAAUCCAAUAAAAACCUGUUUGAGUCUUCACAGCUUUACGCCAUGCAAGACAGCUCAGGCCACUUUCAUGAGGUGAGAACAGUGCGGCGUGAAGAGGUUGUAAAAGGAGACGUGACAAGCUGCAAGUGGAUGUUUGAAACUCGACCAAUUGACCAGUUUGACGAAACAAUGGAUAGAUACCAAAUUAUCAAAGGUAUUUCCAAACAAGAAAUAGAAUCUGGUGAUGUUAAAACUGCAAAGUGGCUGUUUGAAACGCAGCCUCUCGAUGCUAUUAAGUACUUCAGCAAUAUCGAAGAUUUAGAAACUGUGGAGACAAGUACGAAACAAGAGGUUGUGAAGGGCGAUGUGAAAACCUGCAAGUGGCUAUUUGAGACAAAACCGAUGGACAUCCUGUGUGAAAGAUCUGAGUUGAAGGGUGAAAACGAGUCUGAAGAAAUGCGAAAGGGAGACGUCAAAACGUGCACAUGGCUCUUUGAGACACAAGCACUUGAUGCUAUCCACGAGACGGAGACAGUUCUGAAGACAUGCACAGUCAAUCAAGAGGACGUUCGAGGGAAGGAUGUGAGAACGGCUUGUUUUCUCUUUGAGACAGAGAAUCUGGAGAACCUCACCGGGGAGGAGACGGAUUCGUUCAAGCGCGUCACUGAGAUAGACAUCGGGUCUGGAGAUGUGUCGAGGAUGAAGUAUGUUUUUGAAAACCAGACCUCAGAUAUCAUGACUUCAACAUCUGACGAAGUGAUGCAAAAGCUCAAGAGAGUUCAGACUGAGGAUAUACAAAAAGGAAAUGUGGGGACCUGCAAAUGGCGCUUUGAAAACCAAUCCAUUGAUACAUUACACGAAAGCCAAGAAGAAUCGAUAAGCCGUAGAAUAAAUGAUGUACAAGGCGGAGAUGUAGAUAAAGGCCGCUUCAUUUUCGAGACACGUUCACUGGAUAAGAUCCACGAGGUGUCGGCCGAAUCUGACUCUGAGCUGAGGAAAAUACAAAAGAUUGUUCGCGACAAAGAUGAGAAAGGUGAUGUGAGAAAUUACACCAUGAUGUUUGAAACUGAGCCCCUUUACGCUAUUCAAGACAAAGAGGGCCAUUACCACGAGGUCACCACUGUGACGAGCGAGGAGGUAUCAAGAGGAGAUGUAGUGGGAACCCGGUGGUUGUUUGAAACCAAGCCUCUCGAUGCCAUCCAGGACACAGACGAGGUUUAUGUCAUAAAAUCUGUCACACAACAGGAUGUGCAAAAGGGAGAUGUCACCUCUGCAAAGUGGAAAUUUGAGACUCAACCUCUUGAUAGGAUUGCGGAAGAAAAGAAGGAAUUCACAAAGACUGUAGAUGACAUUCAAGGAGGUAACGUCAGCAUGAAUAAACACCGUUUUGAGUCGGAUGCCUCGUCACAGGAGUCCGUUAGAACGGUAAAUGUAAGUGAAAUACAAAAAGGUGAUGUCAGGUCUGCGAAGUGGAGAUUUGAAACCACGUCAAUAGAUAAAAUAAAGAGCAUGAGCUCUGAAAAUCUGAUUGAAACUGUAAGGAGGGAGGAGGUUGCAAGGGGAGAUGUUAAACAGUCGGUCUGGCUCUUUGAGAAAAAUCCUCUUGACCACAUUAAAGAGGCAGAUGAAGAUGUGGAGACAACUCAAGAGGAGAUCCCCAAAGCGGAUGUGAAGACUGCGACUUGGCUCUUUGAAACGACACCAAUGGAUGACUUUAAUGAGACCAAAAUGGAGAGGACGGAAAUUCUGGGGAAGAGCGUAAGGGGAACGCUUGAGGAGCUUUAUAGUCAGGAAAUGGUGAAAUCGAAGGGAAUACUCAUUGAAGCUGAUGAAAUUGGCGAUGUGAGGAUGGCAAAGUAUCAGCUAAUGAAUACGCAGGCUCCGGAGAUUCAACGAGAGGACGUCAUCAGCGGAGAUCUGCAGACGAUUAUGAUGAACCUGCUUACCAGACAGGAAAGAGGUGAGCAGCAGAUCAUCAUAGAUUCAGAGGAGAAGGGCAACAUUAGUUCAACAAUGCAGGAGCUAUUCAGCCAGAAAACAGACAGCUCUACUGAAAGAGAGGAGAUACUAAGUGGGGAUAUUCGGGAAGCUAUAAACAACCUUUUCAGUGGGGACGGGACAAAGAAACAUGGAAUACUCAUCCAGGAAGGUGAAAAGGGAGACGUACAGAUGACAAUAUAUUCCCUCCUCAAUCAACAAGAGAAUGCCAAUGUUGAAAGAGAAGACAUCGUAAGAGGCGAUAUAAAGAGCACCCUCCAAAAACUGUCCAGCUAUGACAAGACAGAUCAGGCCAUGAAGAUAAAGGUGGAAGAUAUUGUGAAAGGAAAUGUCAACUUUUACUCCACAUGCAUUGAAUCUGGAGCACUUGACUAUCUCAAACAGCUCCAUCUAGGAACUGAUGAGACGUCACCCGAGAGAGAAGAAAAAGUGGAGAUCGUCGGAGGUGACAUCAAGGGCACAAAACUAAUCCUCGGUCGGAGUCAAAUGCAAAUUGAGCGCACAGUAGAGGAUGUGACACCUGGUGAUGUUCACAACACAGUUAAGAUGUUCAUGACAGAGCCGACCGUAGAGAGACUCCAAAAAGAGGAGAUCGUCAAGGGUGAUUUAAGGGCUGCUAUGAGUUCCCUCUCUGAAUCGGUGAAUCAGACAGUUGUUAUGGAGAAAGAGGAGGUGGUGAAAGGCAACCUUCCGAAGACUCUGCGGCGUCUGGAGAAGGCUCAGCAGCGCCACAAGGAGGUGGAGAAGCCAGAUAUCGUACCAGGAAAUAUUAGAGGGGCUAAGAGAUCGCUUGAGAAAUCAGCAACAUUGAGAACUAAAGUCGAUGUGGAGGAUUUGGUUUCUGGAGAUGUAAAGGCCACGCUGAAAUCUCUGGAGCUGGCAAAGCAAACGGUGCGGGAGAUUGAAAAGGAGGAAAUUGUGAGAGGUGAUAUUCACACAGCAAUGCAAAACCUACACGAUGCCUCCAGUGAAAGGAUAACGUGUCAGCAGGAAAUAGAUGUGCAGGGAAACAUCAGAGGGACCAUUCAGCUCUUAAUGGAGUCUCCACCUUCACCGAGGAUGCAGAGAAGCCCGAGCGGCGAGGGCGACGUAAAGGGUGACGUCAAGAUGUCAAUUAAGUCAUUAUAUGACAUGCAGGAGCAGACCCAGCUGGAGAAAGAAGAGGUGAUAAAGGGGGAUGUAAAAGGCAAAAUUAAAUCUCUGCUGGAAACAGCGCAGCGGGAAGCUCAAACCAAAGUCAGGCAAGGCGCAUACAGAAGAGCUCGAGUCAAGCAGAGCCCUCCAGUUAAAAACCUUAAUGCUGAUGCACAGAGGAACAUUCAGAAGGUAAGAACAGCUAAUGUGGUGGAAACAUCAACAUCCUUGAAGGAAACUGAAAAUGUUGCAUCAAAGACCUGUACUGUGGAGCAGUCAUCUCAGCAAUCGACAACUGUGGUGGAGCACAAAACUAUUACUCAAAACCACGGCAUCAAAACAGUGAAGACAGAGUUUCGUAAUCUAAACUCUAACCAGAGGGGAAUGACAAAACAAGACAAAACCAGAGUGAAAACUGGUGUUUACAUCUUAAAACAACAAGUGCCAGAGCAUGAUCUGCCUCUCCCACCUCCACCUCCUCCAGUAGUAGACACUGACCUUCCUCCUCCUCCUCCUCCCACUCCUCCUCCUCCUCCCUCUGUUGAUUCUGACAUUGAUCAGCUUCCUCCUCCACCACCACCCCUCACCAGUGAGCAGGACCUCCUCCCACCUCCUCCAUCUCAACAAGAACUGGAGAGUAUGCCAGCACAGGCAAUUCACCCUUCACCAGUCAAAGCCAAAAGGUUGACUGUGAAAAAAGUGAAAGCUCCGACUUUACACCAAGUCCCGAAAAUGGAGCCUAAAGUGGAGAUCAGCAAAACACAAAAGGUGGAGGUUACAUCGGAGAAAAAGGUAGAAAUGAACCAAAGCCAAUCAAAGACAACAACACAUACAUCAAAGACCGUCUCAUAUGAAAUUCCUCCACCGCCUGAGUCACCACGACCAGUGCAGAAAGUUAAUGUUGCUCCUGUGAAAUUCACCCCUCCGUCUUCUCCUACUCCACCGAUCCCUCCGUCUUCUCCUACUCCCCACAUGAGGGGGAUAAUGACUAAAUUCACCCCUCCGUCUUCUCCUACUCCCCCCAUGAAAGGGAAAAUGACUAAAUUCAACACUCCUCUGAUAAAAGCAGAAGAACACUUCCGGAAGCUGAGAGACGAAAACACGCCACCAACAACUCCGACCCCCAUUUACAUACAUGACUCGGUUACUGCAGCUCUUGAGAUGCUCUCCAACGAAGACAUAGAGCAGUUUGAUGCCAAAACAUCAGAAAUCACAAAGCAGCAAGCUGAAAAGAAGUCUCUCAAUGUUCAUUCAGACUUACUACCAUGUGAUUUAUCCAAGCAUGUUGUUAAUACCACCCAUGGCAAAGUCAGUGCCAGUCAGGAGACAAUGCUCAGGGAUUCUAUGAUUAUAUCUAAUGCUAAACAGCAAAUGGUCUCUGAGAGCUCUAAGGUUGUCUCUGUUCAAAAGACUUCAGUGAGACAACAGAUGCAUUCGACAUCACAGAGCACAGUUUCGGUUUCCUCCAGUCAGUCUGCGGCGUCUGAGAAUGUGAAAUCAAGCAAAAAGCAAUCUGAGAGCAAGAAGACUUCAGACAAUCCAGCCCCUACAUUAAUCACUAACCUUCCUAAUCAGUCCUCCAAAACAGACAAUGUCACUUCAGGCAAAAAUGGAAAGGAGUCAAAAUCACCACAGCGUGAAAACAAAAAGAAGAAUGAUCACUCUCCUACCAAGAGCCAAGAGAAGGUUUCUGAUCAGCCAGUGCAAACAGACAAGACAGCUGCCACUGCAAAUGGAAAAACAAGCAAGCAGAACCAAAAGGGGAAAAAGAACAACAAACAAGAGAAGCAAGUAGAGACAAAAAUGUCGCAUGAGAGUGAGAAACAGAGUGUUUCACAAGAAUUGAAGGUGGAAACUACAAGGGUGAAAGUGAUCAGUGAAUCCAAAGAGUUAAAACUUGGAAUUAAGAAAGUCACGGCCUCGCCUGCUCCUGUCUCAGCGCUGGCUGCUUCUGAGAUCAUAACAGACAGCCAAUUAGAGACUCCGACUCCCACAAAGAGGAAGAAGAAGUCCAAAAGGUCUAAAGGAUCACCGCCAAGUCAAAGUAAAGAUGUUUCCACAGAAUCGAAGGUAGAAGCUAAAGAAACCAAGACUGUUACUACCCAUCAAACUCAGGACACAAUUGCAGUUGCCCAAGUUCACAAAAGUUUAAAAGAAGAGCACAUGCAAGUCAUGAGAGAAGUCAUCGCCACAGACAAUCAGAAACUAGAGCUAAAAGGAAUUCAAAAAGACGUGAAGUCGUCUGAAAAGAAGAAAGGAGUGACGCUUCUUCAGCAGAGCGUGGAGGAACCACGAGAAGAAAGUAGGAAUGUCCCAAUUACAGUGACAUGCGAGUCAGAACAAACUCAGUUGGCUAAGUCCACGACCGGGAGAACAGAUGGGGAAUCUCAAAGGCGAGAGGUCCAAGUGUUAAUCUCUCACAUGACAAAGCUACGAAGAAAAAAUGAUUCUAAAUCUUUGAAGACUCUGCUCAGGGCACUCCCAGAUUGGCUCAUAAGUCCACAGAGAAAAUGUGAACUGGAGGAUUCCGUGGUGGAAAGUGAUGCACAUAAAAAUGAAGAAAUUCUCUCACAUGUGAGGAAACUAGCCGAAGCUAAACUAAUGCAUCUGGAAGAUAAUGAAACAAUGGAGAAGCACGAAUUUGAGUCCGUUUCUGAGAAGGCGAUUUCUAGUGGGGCAACGCAAAGAAUUUCCAAAAUCAGUAUUGGUUCUGCAAAAAUUGAGAACCAAAUAACUAAAAAGACAUCUCAAGUAUGGAGGGAAGAAGUGAGUCAGUUCAAGUCUGUCGACCUGCGUGCUCCUUCGCCAUUACUGAGGAUGCGUUCUCCCUCGCCGACAUUCAUCACUAUAGAAUCCACACGAAGAACCAACUCCCCCCAGAGGGUAACCCCAUCGCCCACCCUGCUGCACAGGCCUCCCACUCCUCCCACACCACCACCACGCAGGUGCGACACACCCACAUCUCGCCUUAAUAGAAUAACGCCCUCUCCGACCUUCGACAGAGCAGAAAAUUUGGCUCGUCUGAAAGACACAACAGCCAAGCUCUCACGUGGCGUCACCCCACCCCCCCUUCUUGCUCCACAACAGAUAUCAGAGCAGAAGUCAGAGAUUGUGGAACCGCCUGCAUCAUUCCAUCGGCAAAUCAAAAUCGAGUCCCAAGUAGUGGAGGCUCAGACUUUGACAGCAAAUGAAACACAAAGUGAGUCUGAGACCCAAGCACCAUUGUGUCCAUAUAACCCAGAUCUUGAGGAAGAUUCCGAGCUGUCAUCUGCCUCUGUCAGAGAAAAGAGAGAGUUUUUUGAAGAUGCUCAAAAGGCUGAAAUUCAAAAGACCUAUGUGCGGAAGGAGCAGAUUGCUAUCCCUGAACGACUGGGCCCUGACCUGGAGGAGGAUGUAGCAGAAGAUAAAAACAAAGAAAUUGAUGAGCUUCCCAGAGCGGACUUGUCUGGUCUUGUACAUAAAUUUGAAUCAUCAGAAGAGAAAAUGUAUUUAAAAAAGGAGCUAAUCCCACUCGCAGAGCAGCUUCACAACAAUACGGAAGGAACAGCUUGUAAGAAAGAGAAAGUAGACAUCCUGGAACAGGGAAUGCCAAGUUUUGACAUCCAGGCCAUUAAAAAUGUUUUUGAACUGGGUGAGCUAAGUUCCUCUUUCAGAGAGGAGAGGGAGGAUCAGGAGGAGCCUGAGUCAAAUCGGAGUGAAAUAACAGCAGACACUUCAAAGCGGGAAAGGUCCCAAGAGACCAGGGGAGGCUCAGGGCAGAGCACCCCCCUCCCUCUCCAGAAACAUGAAGCAGACGCUGUGCCAGCAGAACCAUCAGCCUUCUCUGAAGCCAAAUCAAUCACAGAACAUUUCUCAAAUGUUGAUGAGUUUGGUAACGAGGUCAUCGGAAAAAGGACGGCUGUCAUCGAGCUUUCGGAGAGCUCAUCAUCCCAACAGGUUCCUUUCUCCUACGCCGAUGUAGUCAAAAAAAAGGCUGCAGUAGCGAGGCGAACAGAAACGUACGAUGAAGACGCCACGGAGAAGCUGCUGAGGAACUUCCACAAAACGUGGACGGAGAGUGAGACAGUUUUCAAGAGUCUGGGCUACUCUGUGUCUGAAGAGACGACGGCCCAAGUUCUAUCGAGUGAAACAAGGAUCGUCUCAUCUGGUUCGAGUUCCGAAGUCGGAGCUGUGCACACUGUGUCGGAUGAGAGCUUAUCCAAUGGAUGCUCUGAUAGUGGACAAAAACAAGUACCAUAA